UACUUUCCUUACUGAGGAGUUGGCAACACUGCUGACAGCCCAGCAGCCGCAGGUCUGUGACAGAGAAGAAGAGGAGAAGUAGAGAAGAAGAAGAGGGGAGAAGAAGAAGUUCAUCCAACAUGAGCCGGACUCUCUCGUCAUUUAUCUCAACAUUCCACUGUGCGGAUGAUUUAACUCCCAAACUACGGAGCCCUGAUACUUUCCCGUCGCGCUGCUGUUCCACUCGUUUCUAAACUUGUCGUUGAAUGUCAGUCUGCUAACGUUCGCCGUUAGCUCACGUUUUCACCCGGACCGAGCCAAACGAACCGAGCGCCAUGAUCCCCGAAUGUCCCCGCUCCGGGGACUCGAGGAACCGGGGCCGCUUCGUGUACAGCCCGGCGGCCGAGCCGAGCCCGAGCCGCGGCGCCAGCGGCUUGUUGACGGAGAUCCAGACCAGCAUCAACUACCAGCCGUUCACCGACCACUACACCAUCAUCCCCGGCAAAGAGCUCGGAAGGGGGAAGUUUGCCGUGGUCAGAAAGUGUGUGGAGAAAUGCUCGGGCCAUGAGUACGCUGCAAAGUUCAUGAGGAAGAGACGGAAAGGCCAGGACUGCCGGACGGAGAUCAUCCAUGAGAUUGCAGUGCUCGAGUUGGCCACAGUUAAUCGCCGGGUGGUCAACCUCCACCAGGUCUAUGAGAUGGCUUCUGAGAUGGUGCUGGUCCUGGAGUUUGCGGCUGGAGGCGAGAUCUUCAACCAGUGUGUGUCAGAAGAAGAGGCCUUCAGUGAGGAGGACGUGAAGAGGCUAAUGAGGCAAAUCCUGGAGGGAGUCAAAUUCCUCCAUCAGAGCAACAUAGUCCACCUCGACCUGAAGCCUCAGAACAUCCUGCUGACCAGCAGCUCUCCUUUGGGUGACAUUAAGAUCGUGGACUUUGGCCUGUCCAGGAUGGUCUGCAGCCACCAGGAGCUCAGGGAGAUCAUGGGGACCCCAGAGUAUGUUGCUCCGGAGAUCCUAAAUUAUGAGCCUAUAAGCACAGCAACAGAUAUGUGGAGUAUUGGUGUUUUGGCCUAUGUGAUGCUGACGGGCAUCUCACCAUUCCUGGGCGAGGACAAGCAGGAGACGUUUCUCAACAUCUCCCAGCUCAAUGUGAGCUACAUUGAGGAGGAGCUGCAGCAGCUGGACCAGGCCGCACUUUCCUUCAUCCAGAUGUUGCUCCUCAAACAGCCACAGGAUCGGGCCACAGCAGAGCAGUGUCUCACACACCCCUGGCUUCAGCACUCAAAGACUGCGGAAACACAGACGGUGGAGGAGAUCCUCCCAAUGAAGGAGCAGGAGGUUUCCAGCACCACCAGUACACCUGAAACUCCCAGCUGCCUGACUACAGCUGUGGAUGAGGAGGAGGAGGAAGAAGGGCCAGUGACAGAGGAGCUGAUCGUUGUGGCUGCCUACACUCUGGGUCAGUGUCGCCAGUCCUCCACUUCAGAGAAGGAGGCUCUGGCCGCUGAGCAGAAGGCCAUCUCCAAACGCUUCAAGUUUGAGGAGCCCUUCAGUGCCCUGCAGGAGGUCCCUGGGGAGUUCAUCUACUGACCCCAUUUAACCACAGGAAAUGUUGCUGUUGUCACGGUAACAAAAAUAAACCUUCUGUUUAUUCAAACUCUCCUUCAUAUAUACUGUACUAUUUCACUUGUAUUUCAUUUGGUUUGCUGUUGUAGUUUUAUUAUCUCUUAAAUAACUGGCCAAAUGUUAGACAAAUGUGUGACAUCUGACAUAUAUCCACACGUGAAGACUGCCCGCUUUUAAAUCUCCAGGGUGCAUUUCAAAGCUCCAUGACUCCACUGUAGAUUCCAAAACUCCCUAAAUCUUUUUUUCCCCUUUUUCUGAAUGGAUUUAGCAGUUUGUAAAUUUGCAAGUUGUGUGCAAUAUAAAUCCUCAUCCUUAAAUAAAUAAACCUAUACAAAAAAAAUCUACUUGUUGACUUAGAUUCAUAGUUAAUUUUUACACUGGAAAUGAUGCUAAUAUCAUCACCAGGUCUGUUUAAAAGGUAUUUUGGAGCUUUUUGUCGUGUGGUACAAUCUUCAUCUGUCAUCCAGUUGUAAUGGCAAAAAUCGCUCUCAGAAAAAUUAAAAGUCAACAACUACAUCUGCUCAGGAAGUUAGGGUGAUACGACCAAUAGAUCCAGAGCAACUCAUAAAUCGUAUUUUAUAUAAUUAAGUAAAAAAUAUCUUAAGUCCUUCUACUUUUUUGACCUUCACGAUUAAUAGUAUUAUAUUAAUGAAGGUCACAUGCGUAACGAUCAGAGUCUUCACCUGCACAACAAUGUUCUGAAAAACUAUUAAGUCAGCAUAUGGCGGUCUAUAUGCAAUCAUAGAUAAACGGCUCAGCACAACUGCUGAUAGACAAAGACAGGCAGGUGCGCUGUCACUGUUCUCAUUGUCUCAAAAAACAUUAAUAUGUAUAUAAUAUAUAAACAAUAAAGAGUCUGUGUCCGCAGUUAACUGUUUUUAAACUGACAUCAUCAACACAAAGAGAAACAACCUCAGCGUGAAGCUUAUAUUACCAUUGCAGUUACAGCGCUUUCACGCCAAAGUAGGUUACUAUUUGGAACACUACUGAGCUCCUGAAUGUUACUCCUCUCUCACUUACCAAUCAAUAAAAAACUCGGGCAAUUUUGUUGUUGUCAUGCUACAAGUGGCCACUAGGACAAAUUAUCAGUAAAUUGGACAUAUGCAGCUCUCCUUAAAAGGUUCUUUGUGUAAUAUUCCUAAAAUAAUAAGUGGACUUCAGUCAGCAACCAGUUGUUCACACAUGUGCUCCUAAGUAGGUAUGAGUGCGUCUCCCGAGCAACAGCCAAAAAUAGUGACGUGACAGUGUAAUGUUGAUAGAUGAGGUAAUUAAAGUUAAACUGUGAUUAUAGUUUAACUACAAACAACACUUGUGACUAGAAGAUUUCUGAAGUGUAACAUGGUUUUCAACUUGCCAUCUGUUACAAUGUGGACUGGUGACGUAGGUACAAUGACUAUAUAUGAUAUGUUGGCCUUAGAUAACAAGCUUUAUCACUCUGUUUGUCAAGCUAAGCUCCGACUAUUAUUGAUGUGAUAAUUUCCAUUGCAACCCUGAUCUUUCAUUUUUCAUGUUUCAGCAUUAUAGAGCAUAUACCUUCUUUUUUUUCGUUUUUCGUUUUUUUAUGACGGUACCAAGAGUGAGCUGAGACGAUGAGACUCCUUAACCAACAUCAACUGUAAACAAAUGAUAGUAGGUAGAUGCAACAUCUACAUAAAACCCAAAAAGGAACAUGUUCUGAAGAACUUUGUGCUAGGGGACACUCAGUGACCUUGAUGUCCCCCUGAAAAUCCUUUACGUAAAUAUAAUUCCACAGGCUAGUGUAUGCAACCAAUGAUAAUUCUACAGGAGUAUGGGAUGUUAACCAGUGCGAGAAGCUCAGGUGGAAACAGAAACAAACUGUUCUAUCUAAUAAAACGUGUUCGAUUCAGGUAGGAUCAAGACAGAAUGUACCUUGUUCACGUGCUGGAAAAGAGCCAAUCAGAACAUAGUACUCUUGGUGGUCAUGGUCACAGUGAAAACAGUGAUUGUUCUGACAUGUCAGUCAGUUUUCAGCCACAUCAUUACAACAUCAGAACUGGUUUCAAUGUUGUGGCUGAUAAGUGUAAAGUGGUUCAGGCCUUCGUUCUUUGAGGGAACAUUGAUACCUAACCACCAUGUUUUGAUGAGGAGGCAGAAGGCAUUCUGGGUGAUUAAAUGUCACUGAAUAUUGUAGAAAAAGACGAUUUACUUGAAGGAAAUUAACAACUAACUCCUGCCACUGAUUCCACAUCAUCUGUUCAACUUUUCUGCUUAAUUUAUUGAUAGUGCUGGAGGUGUUGGUUUAAACUGAGAGUUCUGUUUUUUUUCUGAAAUUUCUCUUUAGUAUGCAAAAGUGUGUAUAUAGAAUACAUUACAGUUCCAGUCAUGGUAUAUGUGCAUGUGUACUGAUGACCGGGUUUGGACUGUUUGUCACUCUCAAUAACAAACAGUUAGAAAACCCUUUUUCAUUCUUAUUUGAAUCCAGAAGCCAAAUCUGUGUUAAUCUCUGUCCAUUUCCUCAUAUUUGCUGCUUUUAGAACCAGCUGCUCCAAACUCAAUCCUGUUGGUGUCUUUAUAUUAUCUUUUGUAUUUGGUACAAGGCUUGGAGAUAAUAUUUGGUUAGUUUUAGCUCUUGCUGUUUUAUUUCAGCUGUUUCUGUGUUAUAUUGCAAAGACAAAGUUCUGGAGUUUUCUAAUCCUGUGACCUGAUGAACAUGUUGUUUUUAAGAGGUAUAACUUGUUUAAAGAGCCAUGUCACAUACAGUACUCCUCUCACAUAGAGGACUGAUAUUCCCUGGUGUCAGCUUUCUCUCAAGCAAUAAAGACAGAUAGUUUUAAAUGUGUACACGUAGACUCCAGAUUUCCACUGGAUCUGUGCUGUAAAUUUGUGUCCAUGAAGCAGUGAGUUACUAAAGGAAAAGAUUUGUUCAUGAAUGUCCCCUCCUGUCAAUAAACAUUUCAAAAGCC